UUGCGUUCCGCCAUUAAACAAGCGAAGAAGAAAACAUUUUUAGCGCGGGUUGUUUGAGUUGCUAACUGCUACAAAACAUUAGCAGUUACCGAUCGUCCUGUCAUCACGUCAGGUCGUCAUGGAGUCCACAGAGAGCAGGUACGCUCACCUGCUGCAGCCAAUCAGAGAGCUCACCAAGAACUGGGACAUUGAUGUGGCUUCAGAGCUCAACGACUACUUAGACGAGCUGGAUGAGAUGUGCAUCACGUUCGACGGAGGGAAAACCAGCCUGAACUUUGCAGAAGCCGCUCUGUUGAUCCAGGGUUCAGCCUGCAUCUACAGCAAGAAGGUGGAGCUCCUGCACAGCCUGGUUUACCAAACUCUGGAGUACAUCAACGACAGGAACAAGAAGAGAAGCAAACAGGCGGCAAAGUCUCAGGGAGACGACGCAGACGGCGCAGCGAGCCACGAUGACGCUGACGAUGUGGCCGAGUUUUCUCAUCUGGAGCUCGACGCCUCGGAGAAGUCAGAGAAAGCCGACUCCAACACGACUGUGAGCGUUGCUCCUCUUCCUCCGGAGUCUCUGAUUCCUCCUGAAAGUUACGAGAAGAAGAAAAUUCCUCUCAUCAGUGUGAAAGGAGAGAUCUUGUGCAGUCUGAAGGACUUCAGGAUCAACAUCUUCAUCCCGGGAGACGAGGACAUGAUCCUGCUCACGCUGGGAUCAGCUGCUUCCAGGUUCCUGCUGGAGAACCAUCAACGACCUGCAGAGACUCUGGAUCAGCAGCGUCCAGGUCCUCUCCGUCCAGACGCUGCGGCUGCAGGUGAAGCUCACUUAGAAGCUGCCGUAGUUUCAGCUGAUGUUGGAGAAAACGGAGGCGACGCCGCAGACGACUUCCUCCCGAUGGAAGACGAGCCCAUGGAGCAGGACGUGGAGGAGCAUGUGGAGAGACAGCAGGCUCCGAGUGAAGGUCGGAUGAUCAGAGAGAGACGACAGCUGGAGGACGACAACCUGAAGAAGAAGGAGACGACGCCUCCGGUGAACGUGUGGACGCUCCACGACCUGUACGCCGUCCUCGGGGAGGAGAAGCCCUCGAAGCCGGGGAAAUGUUAUAAGGUUCCCGACGGCCUGGACGACGGAGGGAAGAGGAAACGGAAACGAGCAGCGGCUCUGCAGGACUUCAGGAGCUGGUUCAGAGGCACCUUUGAUCCUAAGGAGCAUAAAUUAAAAAACGGACCCAUGUUCACAGACCUGAACUACGUUUAUCUGAGCGCCAUGAAAGAGAAACUGAAGACGCGGAAGAAGAUCUUCAGGAGAGCGGGCGUGGUGGUGUCUGAUGAGGAGCUGAGGCGGACGUUCCUGCAGCCGGAGGAGGCAGGGCCACAGCAGGAGGGGGAGGAGCCUGUGGAUGGAUUCAGACACGCCGACCUGCUGGGUGGCGAUGACGACUUGUCCGAUAACGAACAUGACGUGUUUCCUGACGACGUUCCCGCUGAGUUUGGAGGAGGAGCCGAUUUUAUUUCACCAGACGUUCAGAGAGACGAGCUGAGUUAUGAAGAUCUGGUGAAGCUGCGAGUGGAGCAGCUGGUGGUGAACAGUCGAGGGUACACUCAGGAAACCGCUCUGAGUCGACGAGUUAAAGACUGGGAGGAUAAGAUCCAACCUGAGCUGCUGAUCCAGGAGGAUCGUCCUGCAUUUGACAUCCACGAUUACGGCGACCGGAUCGUCGGAGCAUUGAACGGCGUCGGGCAGCGUCGGUCUUUCGCGUCCAUCGUCGCCGGUUUAGAUAAUUUUGAAGCCUGCAAAUAUCUGCUGGCGUCACUGCAGCUGGCGAACGACCACACGGUGGAGGUGGACUCGGCGCUCGGUCUGGAGGAGAGCGUGGACUCGAUGGGUCUGACUCUGCUCAGCACGCUCAGAGCGACGGAUAGAUUCAAGACUCUGACCGCUUCUCAAUGACACUUUGUUUUUUUUUUUUUUUACUCCUUCCUGUCAAGCGUGAACAUUUCUCCGUCUGUUUUUCUGUCUCUAAACUUUGUUCGUCUGAUUCCUCCGCUCUGUAAAUCACGUGUCCGUGUAAAAGUCUUUAUGGUAAAAAAAAAUAUGAAUUAUAAUCAGGUGUUCUGUUUCUGAAAAAUAUUUGUAAUUAAAAAAAAAAAAAAAAAAAAGAUAAUUUGUUCACAAAGAAA